AUGUCAUCGGCCAACUCAGAGUUAGAUAUGAGAAACUUCAUGAAGGUAGGGCUUGGGGAUGUGGGAGAGAGGCGGGAGGGGUCUGCUGCCUGGGUGCUUAUGUUAGUGUCCCCAUGCCUGAAGUGUUCCAUCAUCCAUAAUGGGGAUGUCCUCACCAGACUGUGUGAGCCCGUCUCUACUCUUUCCUUAGUGCCCUUGUUCGGGGUCUGUGGUCAGACCAACAUCUCCUGCAGGGUGGUGAAGGGGAAGGUGGUGGAGGAAGGCAAGUGGCCAUGGCAGGUGAGCAUCCUGUUCCUGGGCAUCUACGUCUGCAGCGGCUCCAUCUUCCACGAGCAAUGGGUCCUCACGGCUGCCCACUGCUUACAAAGAUCCAGGAACCAAAGCCAGUACUCUGUGAGGGUAGGACACCAACGCUCCCCGGAAGCUGGCAUUCAGCUCCCAAUCAGUCGCAUCGUGAUCCACGAGAGCUUCAGCAAUCUUGCGUCCCAGGACAUUGCCCUCCUGAAGCUCCAGAACCCCAUCUCCUGGUCCCCCAACAUCCAGCCCAUCUGUCUUCCCGAUGCCCGACACAAGCUACCUCUUGGGUCCAUAUGCUGGGUGAUUGGGUGGGGACAUGUAGGGAAACAAGGGACCACAGCGUCCUCAGGGACAUCGACACCUGCCCCCUACAGCCUUCAAGAGAUAGCUAUCAAGAUCGUACACAAUGACGUCUGCAAUGAGAAAUACCGAUUCCUCCUCAAGAGGGGCCAGAAGUUCUUCAUCGGGAAGGACAUGCUGUGUGGCAAAUCCCAGCGGGGUGUGGCCUCUUGUCAGGUGCAGAGUGUGUGGAUCGGGGCAGGGAGGGUCUUUGGGGGGCAUGUCUUCCCUAUGACAUGGCACUGGGACUCUUUAUUCCUCUGGACCUCGGUUUCCAAUCAGUAAAAUGGGAGUGAAAAUACCCUUAGCGUGUCUACAAUGAUGGUAAUAAUGGCAGUAAUUCUCAGGUCAUUUUAACGCUCCCGAACACAUGCUCAGAUCUGGGCCAGGUGCUGGCAGAACCAGCUUUGCAUAAAUGAAAUCGUCCUGUAAACGCGCCUCUGCCACUUGCAUCUUCCAUUCUACCUUAUGUAUUUUAGAUAUCUCCAUAUCGAUACAUGCAGCUUUAACUCAGAGUUAACAGUUCUAUAAUAUUCUUCUUUGUGAAUACACCACGAGUUACCCAUUCUCUUGUUUAUAAACAUUGCGGUCCUUUUCAAUUUUUUUUAUAUCACAAACGCUGCUGCCCUGAAUGGUCCACACACAUAUCCCUAUUUAUACGUUCCAGGAUUUCUCAACAAGAUACAUCCUGCAUGGAGUUGGUGGGUCAUAGGCUGUGCAUACCUUCGUCUUUAAUAAAAUAACUUGCUGUGAAGUUGACGGCAAGCUGAUGCUCAUGGCAGCCUCAUGUGUGCUCCAUAGAGUUUUUUUAAAAUAAUUUUACUGUGUUUUCAGUGAAAGUUUACACAGCAGGUUAGAUUCCCCUUUAACAAUUACUACACACAUUGUUCAGAGACAUUGGUUACAUUUUUCACAAUGUGUUAACAUUCUCAUUAAUUCCCUCGUGGAUGUAUUGCUUCCAGUAAUCUGGUUUCCCUGUCCCUUUACCCUUUCAUCUCUGCUUUAGAGUGACUGUUGACCAUUUGGUCGCAUAUAGAUGAUAUUUUAAAGGUGUACAGUACCCAUUGGUAAUAUUCUUUAUUUUAUGAGCCAAUCUGUUAUUUAGCUAAAAGGCUAUUAUUUGCUACUCAGGGGGGGUAGUUUUGGUUUAAAGUUUAUGUAGUAUCCUGGGGCAAUAGUCUUGGGGACUCCUCUAGUCUCAAUUGGACUUUUUAAAAAUUUGAGUUCUGUUCCACAUAUUCCUCCCCUUCUGUUGAGAUCCAUUUAUUGUAGCCCUGAUCAAAAUGGUUGUUAGUAGGAGCUGGGCACCAUCUAGUUCUUCUGGUCUCAGGAUAGAUGAGGCCGAGGUUUGUAUAGACUGUUAGUCCUACAGACUAAUAUAUUCUUGGAGACUUUGGUUUCCUUCUUUCUCUUUUGCCCCAGAUGAGAAGACUGAUAGUUGUGUCUUAGAUGGCUGCUUGCAAGUGUUUAAGAUCCCGGAAGCUACUCACCAAACUAGGACAUAGAACAUAAACUUUGUGAACUAUAUUAUGCUAACUGGCUGAGUUGUCCUGUGAGGCUAUGGUCCUAAGCCUUCAAACCCAGAAAACCAAUCCCGUGAGGCAUUUGGUUAUAUCUAAGAAGUAUCCAUAACUGUGUCCCCUAUAUAUGAACAUACAUACAUGUACACACAUGUAUGUGCAUAUACUAUGACUAUAUGCACAUAUAUGUAUACAUAUGUAACCACACAUAAAUUUUUUGGUUGUUGUUACUGUUGCAAAAUUAUAUAUUUUCUAGCAUUUACCAAAUACGUCCUUUAUAUGUGU